AUGUCGACAACACCCCUCGACAGCUUUGCUCAGACGCUGGCCAGGUCCCUGGCGGAAGCCAACCUUGCGCCUGGCUCGGCGGAAGCGCUCAUCCCUCGGGACUUUACGCCAACCACGCGGCUGGGCGUCUCCUUCGACGGCCGGGAUGUCGAAUUUGGUAAUCUUUUUCGAGUGCGCGAGGUGAAGCUCGCUCCCUUUGUGUCGUUUGAGGGUGAAGCUGGGGAUUCGGGAGAGGCGUCUUAUAUGCUCCUCCUCAUCGACCCCGACGCACCUACGCCAGACGACCCUAAAUUCGCAUAUUGGCGCCAUUGGGUUCUGCCAGGGUUGAAGCCAUUGACCUCGGCUGAUGGCAUCGUUGCCCAGACGAAGCCGGUGCUCACAGAGUAUCUUGCCCCGGGUCCCAAGGAUGAUUCGAAACCGCACCGGUAUCUGUUCCUGCUCUUCCGAGAGCCCCAUGGCCUGGCUCUUACAAAGGAAGACGUUGGAGGCGAGGAAUUCGUUCAAAGACGCUCCUUUGACGCUGUCAAGUUUGUUGAAAAGCAUCAGCUACAGCUAGUCAGUGUAAACUGGAUGAAGGGUGCUGGUGAUGGCUGGAAGGAGUAG